AUGACAACUCCUGAGCGAAGAGACGAAUUACAAACUAAUCGAAGCUAUUGGUGCGAUUGUCACGCUUGCAUCAACAAUUGGAAUCCGGGACAUGUUUUGCCAUCAGCUGAGACAAAUUAUUUGAUCUAUUUGUUUAUUAACUAUCAAUUGCUUUUUCAACAGAAUAAAUUACCGAAAGAAGUCGCCAAAAAAAUUUCAGUGUUUUUCUCGGUUUGCCCUGUCCAAAUUCUAAAACAAAAUUCUCAAGACUAUGACACUAUAUCUCCUGAAGAAAUUAAUAAGCUAAUGUCGCGUAUAUUUGAAGUAAUCAAUCUAAUAGGACGAUACGAUAUAUAUCCUUGUGAAGAAAUAUCACAGGGAAAAUCUUUACUGUAUUCUAUUACAAGAUGGAUCUUAUGUUACCAAUCACCGAUUGAAUCGUAA